UUUCUAAACAAUAUUACUAAAAGUAAUAACGAAAUUAAAUAACAUAAAUAGUGUAAUAUAGUGUACUAUAUGGCAUAUAACACUUACCAUAACCUAACCUUUGUGUGUUCCAUUUCUUUUGUUACCUAGAGCCAUCUUUGAUGUGACCAUGGUAACAAACAAUUGCUUGAUGAUUGCUAUUAUUUUUCCUUAAAAGAUUAUAUAAGUAAACAUCAUAUGUGUAUAGGGGAAAUCAAUACGUUAAAAUUAAAUUAAAAAUAAUGCCUAUCAUCGUGAAAGACUUUUCUUGGUGGCAAACUGAAUGUAAAUUAUUUUUACAAAUUCAAAUUCCACACGUCUCCCAGAAAAAUGCUGAUAUUCUUACAUCUAAUAAAUAUUUAAAAAUUAGCUGUUUACCGCAUAUUUUCGAAGCGAUUCUUUGGGAUGAAAUAAACGAGGAGUAUAGUAAGUGCACUUUUGAUAAUGGAUCUGUUUUAUUUGAGUUACAAAAGAAGAACAGUGUACAUUGGGAAUGUUUGGCACUUAAGAAAUCGAAAGAGGAGUUAAAAAAGUUGAAAUGUGAAAUUUUGAAUAACAUCAUUCAAGAACGACAGAAUAAAUCUAAACAAAAGGCUGUUCUUAAAACAGAACGAGACCGAUUAGCUGUCAAGGAACAAAUAGAUUUCGAAAACAAAGAACAUCAACUUAUUCAAAGUAUUCGUGACGAAGAGAAAGAAAAAGUUUUGAAAGAGUUGAGUACGUGGAAAACAAAAACAGAGAUUAUACAUGAUGAAAAGAAAGUUAAUAAAAAUAAUAAAGACAUUUUUUCAACUAAUGAACCGAUUAAGAUCUAUGAGAUAGAAAAUGAACCAACUGAAUGUAUUAACCAAUUGCCAAGUCCUAGAAAUUUUAAAACAAUCGAGAUUAAUUUCACUCCAAGACACUUUACUACUCCGAGUAGAGAAUCGACUAAAGCUGACGAAGAAGAGUGGUUAAAAAAGCAGACCGCUGCCAGAAGGGCGGCAGGGUUUGUGGAAGAAGACUUAAGACCAGAAGAACAUGAUCCGGAAUGGUGUUUACAAAAAGGAAAUACUUUUAUGACAGAACUAAAUUACAUUGGAGCCGUAAGUGCUUAUUCACAUGGAAUAAAGUUGAGCCCAAAAAUGGCUGUAUUAUAUUUGAACAGAUCUAAAGCGCAAGUUCAAAUGAAAAAUUAUCAUAAAGCAGUCGAAGAUGCAACAACUGCGUUGGAGUUGUUGGUGCCAGCGGUUGAAGGAAACGUGGUUUGGCGAGCCGAGGCGUAUUACAACCGAGGCAAGGCGCUGGUCGAACUAAAUACUGCACAUUUAGCUAUCGAUGAACUCAGGUUGGCUUUGACAUUGGCACCAGACCGGGCUCAUCUCUACGGACCGGAGUUGCAGCGGGCCAUGGACUUGGCACCUGUGCACGAGCAGGCAUUGAAUAAAAGCCGAGAAUUAGAUUUAAGUAACGCGCCAACUGUUUGGUGUAAAUGAAGAAUUUUUAUAAUUACUAUUACUGUUUUUUUUUUUUACUUAAUUUUUGGUAAAUAUUAACUCAAUAUAUGUAGUUAUAACAGAAAAAAACAAUAAUAAAUUACAAAUUACACUAUACUUAUAUAAUAAA